AUGAAUCAACGACCUUGCUUCUGGAAAGAAGGGCUUCCCCGGAACUCAUCGGCCGUGGACAGAGGCCCAUGGACUAUGCAAUUCACAACAAGGAUGGGGUUUUCGGCGCCUUUAUCAUUGAAGCCACGGAUGUAG